CUGAGAUAAUGAGUGGAAUCCUGUGAGUAGAAUUGAUUCAUGCCAUUUGCAGAUAUAAACACCUUAAGACAAACUCGCUCCUAGUUUUAAACAUCCGAUGGGGGAAAUUCCAUUCUUUCUUCAUGCCUGUCUAGCGACCAGACACACCUUUCUUCCCUCUGGAGAAUUAAAACCUAACCACUGAGAAAAGCCAGAUCGCGAUGCGUGGUCCAAAACAAGCUGAAAGAAACGAAACUGAAUGUGGCGCAGAGACAGAACUGCAGAACUGCCUGUGAGAUGGCCGCUCGUAAACCGAUCUUACCACCGAGCAAGGAUUUAACCUGCUCCCUCUGCCUGUCUCUAUUUGUGGAGCCCGUGAAGCUGGACUGUUGUCACAACUUUUGUAAAUCCUGCAUCCUGAAGAUUUGGGGGAAACAUCGUCGGGUGGUGUCCUGUCCACAAUGCCGCGUGGUUCUCUACAGGAGAGGUUACACCAGUAACAGGACCCUGUCCAAUCUCUGCGAGUCAGCUCGACAGCUCGAAUCGAAGCUGAAGCUGGACGCGGAGCUGCCUGGCCGUGAGGAACAAGGGGAGAAGCUGAACCAGGACAGGGAGAGGGACCAAUCCCUCUGUCAGGAACACGGGCAGAAGCUGGUGCUGUUCUGUGAGGACGAUGAGAUUCUGGUCUGUGUCAAUUGUGUGGAUUCUCCCCCACAUUCCGAUCACAGGUUCCUGCCCUUGGAGAAGUCUGUUCGAAAGUAUAAGGAAUUCAUAUCAUCCCUGGAGCAAGACAUCUCUGCACAAUUUGCCAAAAUCCAUCGAUAUCUUGAAGACAAAGAGGGCUUAAUUGAAGAACUGAGGAGACUGAAGGAGGAAGAUCUGCAACCAAUAGAAGAGAAUCUGAAAAGAAUUGAGGAAGAGGUAACAUCCCUUGAGGGGAAUAUAGUGAAGCUUGGUACACAUGUUGAGCAGCAAGACAGCAUCUCUUUUCUCAAGGAACUGAAAAGAUUAAGAUAAAGAUACUUGCACAAAGAGAAGGAAGAGGAUGAAGAGGACAUUUCAUGGAGCAAUGAAGAUAAUGAAAUACUGAUAUUUCCAAGAAGGAAUUACAGAAGAUAUCACGGCCCAUUACUUUACUCAGUGUGGAAGGAAUUGAGGCAGAUCAUCUCUCCAUUUCCAGUUUCACUGACCAUGAAUCCAGGCACAGCUCACCGUAGCCUCAUCCUGUCUAAGGAUUUGACCAGUGUGACAAUCAGUCCUAGAAAAAACCUGCAGCUGCCUGAUAACUCAGAGAGAUUUGAUCAAUAUCCAUAUGUCCUGGGGUCACAGGGAUUCACAUCAGGGAAGCACUACUGGGAGGUGGAUGUUAGCAACAAGACUGAGUGGGACAUUGGUGUGACCAGAGAGUCAGCAAAUAGGAAGGGAAAGAUAAACCUGCAACCUAAAGAUGGGUACUGGGUUGUGGGGUUGACAAAUGGGAAUGGAUACAGAGCCAGACAGCACUCAGUAAUUCCCCUGACUCUGAAUGUGAAGCCUGGAACCAUUGGAGUUUACCUGGACUAUGAAGGAGGACUGGUGACCUUUUACAAUGCUGAUGAUAUGUCCGUUCUCUACACAUACUCUGACACAUUCACCGAGAAACUCUUUGCUUUUUUCUGUGCUGGAUCCUACCAUGAAGUUAGAAAUAUUGCUCCUCUUAAACUGUGUCAUGGUAAACCAUAGAUCUCAAACCUGGCAUGAUAGACAUUGAGGGAUUGAUAUUAAUCUUUUUGUGACAAUAUCCUGCUCUAAUGUUGAUCUCUCUCUGCACUUCCUUAGCAGCUGUAGCCUGCACUUGUGUAGUAUAAUCUGCUUGUGAAGCACAUAAGACAACACUUUUCAGUGUACCUCAGAUUGUCACACAGUAAUAAAUCAAAUCAAAUCAAA